UCACAAGCUCUCGACCUCGUCACUCUGCGGCGCAUACGUCUACUCCUGCUCUACGUUCAUCAAGGACGACAUUUGCUUCAAUUGCCAUUGGUGCAGUCUUUGUCGGCAGUCUAGUUUACAGCAUGGUAUGCAAAUAUCCCCUUCAAUUCCUUGACCAAACCCCAGCUAUCCUGAUCCUCGGCGUUCAAUUUCCCCAUGUGCUUCUCAAACGUUAACACUGCCCCGUUUCAAGACUACCCAACCCUUUCAACAUCUCGACCCGCCCACCAUCGCAGAGCGCGAUGCCACAAUGAAACGCGAGUCCGGCGUGACCGUCACAUCGCCAAUGCGUCUGCGCAUGGAGCAAUUCAUCAAGGAGCAACAAUCUGAGAUUGUGGCCGAGCUAUCACGAAUUGACGGCAAGCCCUUCAAAUUCGACACAUGGAACCGCCCCAACGGAGGCGGAGGCAUCAGCUGCGUGUUGCAGGAGGGCAACGUGUUUGAAAAAGCGGGAGUCAAUAUCUCCGUGGUAUACGGAACACUACCUCGGCCAGCGAUUGAGAAGAUGCGCGUCAACCACAAGGCGCUAGACCCAGACGUGGACAGCGUCGAGUUCUUCGCGUCGGGGCUGAGCAUGGUGCUGCAUCCGCGCAAUCCCAUGGCGCCCACGGUCCACUUGAACUACCGGUACUUUGAGACGGCAAAUGAGGACGGCGAGGCAACGGCAUGGUGGUUCGGCGGCGGCUGCGACUUGACUCCCAGCUACCUGUUCGACGAAGACGCGAUUCAUUUCCACAAGACGAUUAAAGAGGCCUGCGAUAAGCACGACAAGAGUUACUACCCGCGCUUCAAGAAGUGGUGCGACGAGUACUUUUUCAUCAAGCAUCGCGGUGAAUCCCGUGGCGUGGGCGGCAUCUUCUUCGACGAUCUCGAUGAGACUGAAAAGGAUCAGGAGAAUCUGUUUUCCUAUGUUCAGGACUGCUUGAAGGCUUUCCUCCCUUCCUAUGUUCCUAUUAUUGAGCGCCGCAAGGACAUGCCCUUUACUCCGGCCGAGAAGGAAUGGCAACAAAUAAGACGCGGAAGAUACGUCGAGUUUAACUUGAUUCAUGACCGAGGCACACAGUUUGGUCUGAAUACCCCCGGUUCCAGAGUCGAAAGUAUCCUGAUGAGUCUGCCUUUGACGGCCGAGUGGAAGUAUAUGCAUUCCCCUGAGCCGGGCACUCGCGAGGAGAGACUGUUGAAUGUCCUCAAGCAGCCUGUAGAAUGGCUCUAAAUUACUCUCCCCAUUCUCUCUCCGUUCUCCAUCCUCCGCUUCUUACUCGUCCCCAUCACGGCCCUCCUUCCGUGUAAGCACGCCUACAGUUCAGAAUUCAUUUGAGCUCUGAGUCCGUUGAGGCCAAAAAGCAGUGCACAGUAUCAGGUGCAUCGUGUACGGCAACAAUCGCUGUACAUCACCAUCUCUCUAAAAAAAAAAUAGACCUGCGUCGAAAAGUCUCACUCCCUUCACUUAUACAUUUGCCGUCGCAACUGCCUCGAAAAGAAUCGCAGCGAUAGAUCUGGCAUGUAUCAAUUUUCUUGUAAUAUCUACCUAGGUAGCUCUUGUAUAUCAUGUACUGUACAAUAGACUUCUCUUACAAGCAUAUAAUCUUUUGCAUGUCGCC